AUGACCGACAGCAGCGGUUCAGCGCCGAGGCAGAAGGAUGAAAAGGAAACUGUGAUAACCAGUGGGGAUGACGACAGCGACAAUGAGGUGUUCCACGAUGCCCGGUACCCCACCGAGGAAGAAGAAAGACUGCUGAAGGAGGCACAUGAGAUCAAAACAGAAGCAAAUCAGCUGUUCAUCGCGAAAUGUUACGACCAAGCGAUCUCCUGCUACGAUCGCGCUCUCUCGUCAUGCCCCAACUACCUUGACUACGACGUCGCCGUGUUGCGGAGUAACAUUGCUGCUUGUUAUCUCAAGUUGGAGGACUGGAAAGCGGUGGUGGACUCAGCAACCGCGUCCAUUGACCGUUUGGAUAAAUUCCUCCCACAUCUUUCUUGCGACAACACUGCCAACGACUCGAGCAAACCCUCAGCACCCGCAACCAGGACACAGGAAACUGACGGAGUGGUGGAGAUUCUGGGCGAAGACGAGGAAGCCGAGGAAAGACAACUGAAACAGUUAAAAGCGCAAGAUGAGCAGCGCACGAACGUGAACCGGAUCCGAAUCAAGGCUCUGAUGCGACGAGCCAAAGCGAAAUCUCAACUAGGCGGCUGGGCAAACUUGCAAGGUGCGUCGGAAGACUAUCAGGCCCUUGCAGGCAUGGAAGGUCUUCCUUUAGACGAUCGGCGAAUUGUACAGCAGGCUCUUCGGGUGCUGCCUGGGCGGAUCAACGAGGCCAAGGAGAAGGAGAUGGGAGAGAUGAUGUCGAAGAUGAAAGACUUGGGCAACGGACUUCUCAAGCCAUUUGGGCUUUCAACCGACAACUUCAAAUUUGUACAAGAUCCCAAGACGGGCGGUUACAGUAUGAACUUUCAAUCUUGA